AAAAUUAAAAAGUCCCAUUUUCUCUCUCAACAAGACAACCACCGUCACCAUCUAUUUAUCGAAUUUUCAGCAUCCACAAAUAUUAUCUAGAUAAUCGGAGACCAGAUCUGAAAUUAUCUCGUUCAGAUCUUUCAUUUUCACUAUUCACUUUUAUUUUAACGUAGUCAUCAACUGACCAUCGUUGAACUAAGACUACCACUAAAAGGUGAUAUCAUGGAUGAUGGUAGAGGUUCAAACAAAAGGAUUAGAAGAAAUCACCAAUCUUCUAAUGCUUUAGCUAGUUCCUCUAAUGCAAGACACACUAAUGGAGUAGCACAACUUAGAAAUAACCACAACCGUAUGAUUUCUGAAAACUCUUUGGGGCAAAAUUUUCAGCCAAUGCCACAUUUACAAGUACCCAACGUAAAUGGAAGUUCAUUAGAGGGUUCAAGUAUGGGUUUUCAAAGCUAUCUUCAAGAGACAAUUAGCAACAGAAAUGGUCUCAGACAUCCUCAUCCACAACCAAGAGCCAUGCCCGAGACAACUCUCGCACAUCGAACACUCGAUCCUUUUGGUUUUGUUGUCUUUGAUGGUUUUGCUUUAAUUGAUGAAGAGGAAAAUUUAGUUGACCAAUAUCAAGAUAUGCGGUUGGACAUUGACAACAUGUCUUAUGAGGAACUUCUUGCCCUGGGAGAGAGGAUUGGCAACGUAAACACCAAUUUAUCAAUGGAAACAAUUGCAACUCACUUGAUGACUAAAAGUUAUUCACCAAAGCCCAUUACUAUUAAUUUGGAGGAGUUACCUCCUGACGAUCAAGAAGAUGAUGCAUGCAUAAUAUGCCAGGAUGAAUUUAAAAAAGAAGAGAAGAUUGGAAUCCUGCAAUGUGAGCAUGAAUAUCACGUGGAAUGCAUAACGAAAUGGCUUCUUGUAAAAAAUACAUGUCCUAUAUGCAAAUCAGAAGCUUUGACUCUUGGAGAGAAGGAUGAAUAGGAAUUCAUGAAUUCAAUCUUUAUGCAUGAAUAUUCUUUUAAUUUUUAUGCAUGAAUAUCCUUUUUUUUUCCUUCUUGGAUAAUUUAAUUUUGGACAAAAUUGAAUAUUUUGUUAUGUUCUUUCUGGCACUAGAACUUGGUAUUAUCUAUCUAUUUGUGCAAACUUUUUAUGUUGGAUGUAUCAUUCUAUCCAAGUUAACUAUUCUGGGCACCAAAACUUUGUAUCGAUC